AUGGCUUUCCGACCAGUUGCUAUCGCUACACUAUUCGUGGUGUGUUUGUCAUUCCAUACUACUGCUUCUAAGCAAUGUGAAAGUUACACCUACUCCAUCUUCCAAAAGAUGUUGAGGGGUCACACAUUUCGGACGAUCCAGGUUCGCGCGGGCUCCGUUGAUUGUAUAGAGGCAUGCAAUUCUGACGUCAGAUGUCAAAGCCUUAACUUCGUCAUGUUUGAAGACUUGUGUGAGUUAAACAACAGGACUAAAGAAGCCAGACCGGAAGACUUCGUUGAAAAUAUGAACAGAUAUUACAUGAUGAAAUCAAGCGAAAGAGUGCCUCUCGGGUCCAUUUCAGAGCUCCCUGCUGAUUCUUGUCGAGAGAUAAAGGCGAGUGAAGGAGAUAAGGCUGUAAAUGGCUGGUACUGGCUGACUACCCCUGGAUCACAUCAUGUCUCUCUUUCUUACUGCCUCAUGAAAACCGUUGAUGUAGGUUGUGUUGAUGUAAAUCCAAAUGAGGAAGGUACAGUCCAUGUUGUAAAUGCUGAUCAUGGCGUCUGGCCCGCCAGUGGCUUCUGUCGCGUUAUUUUUGAACAAGACAUCAAAGCAGUCGGUCCGUACGUACUGGACAUCGAGCUGUUAAAUACGGUCAGACCAGGAAUUGUGUAUUGGGGACAUCCUGGAGUGAUCUACAACGUUGUUGACGAAGAUAACUUUGACUUUGUUUAUUUUAGGUUGCCAAGUGGCUCAAAUAACUGUUAUCAAGUGGGUUAUUCCUCUAAUGGGAACAACUAUUAUACCAACACUGCUUCCUGUCCUGGCGGUACUCCAAAAAGUGGUAAAUGGUUCAACGUUCGAGUUCAAAUCGAUUUGAAUAGAAACGUCAACAUAUACUACAAGGGCGCUCUUAUGAAGUCAUAUACAGCCCAUUUCAGUACAAAAGUCAGUGGCGGAGUUUUGGUUACAAAUGGUUUCCGAAAUAUCAUCCAGUUCAGCAAUUUCAGCAUCAGCCAGCAAUAGAAUGUACAUAACUCAGUUUAUCGCCAUCAAACUGUAGCUGAUAGGAUAAAUAACUCAGAAAUAUAAUUUCUGUGAAGUUCCUUAGAGUUCC